ACGUUCCAAGAACUGGUUGAUUACAAUUACGGCGAAGUUCACCCGACCAUAAUCCGCCAAAGAAUUAUUUGUUUAUUGAAUACCGUCCUGUUUGGAGAAUAUCUAGUAGUAGACGAUCAAAUUCGGCUCAUUAAUUUCGCCUACGAAAGAUUCGUUGGAACCCACACCAACGAGCAGAACAAUUCCGACAAUGAGAAUCCAGAAGAAAAUGAUUCCAACGAGUGUUACUCUGAAACAAUUGACGCUGGAACGCAGACCGAAGGAAGUGAUGAAGAAAGAAGAUCCGAAAAAUCAAUUGAAGACGGGAAUCUAAUCAAUUUCUUUAGUUCAGAAAACUCACACACCGACGACGACAAAGAAAUAAUCUACAUCGAGGAAACAAUUAUCAACGAAGAUAGUGAUACAAGCCAAACUGACAAAGAACAAGACGAUGAAUCCGAACAAAGAGAAAACCCAUCCCACGAACAAGAAAACAUGACCAACGUUAACAACGUGUUGAACGCC